ACUCUCUUUUGAUUCAAUGCCAAGGCUCUUGAGUAGCUAAUAGAUUUUUCCAACUUCAUAAUUAUACUUCUUUAGGUCUAAUUGCAUGUCUUCUAAGAGUCAAAUAGUAGGCAAUGAUGAGUCACUGAGUGGUGAGAAAAAUUCAGGUAUGAAAUGGGUAAUUUGUGAAGCUUGUGUGGGGGAUAAUAGAGAUUGCAAGUGUGAAGAAAAAAUUGGAGAUUUGAAGUAUGUUGAGCCUAAUAUUCCAACUACUCAUCAACCUAAUAGUUCUUUCUUUCAUGCUGUCAUCAACAUGACUGGAAUGCUCAUAGGACUGGGGCAAUUAUCAACUCCAUAUGCAUUAGAAAAUGGAGGAUGGGUCUCAAUAUUCUUACUCAUAGGACUAGGAGCAAUAUGCACAUACACUUCCCAUAUUCUUGGAAAAUGUCUCGACAAAAACCCUAAAUCAAGAAGCUAUUCCGACAUAGGACAACAAGCAUUUGGAACCAAAGGACGAAUCUUAGCCACUACUUUUAUCUACAUGGAGAUCUUCAUGGCCCUUGUUUCUUACACCAUUUCUCUUCAUGACAACCUUAAAACUGUUUUUUCAGGAAAUAAAUUUAUUUUCAUGUUGUCUUGGGGUAACGUGUCGGCAUCUCAGUGGCUAACGAUGGUGGCUGUGUUGGUAGCAGUUCCUAGCCUUUGGAUCAGAAAUUUAUCUUCUAUAUCUUUUCUUUCCUCUGGGGGUAUUUUGAUGUCUGUUGUUAUUUUUUUGUCUGUGGCAUUUGUUGCUGCUUUUGGAGGGGUUGAAGGUAAUUAUGAAAUUCCAGUUCUUGAGUUGAGGAAAAUACCUGCAAUUUCUGGACUUUAUAUCUUCAGUUAUGCUGGUCAUAUUGUUUUUCCUGAUUUGUAUAAAUCUAUGAAGGAGCCUGCCAAAUUUACUAAGGUAUCCAUAGUGAGCUUUGCAUCAGUAACAGCCCUAUACACAUCCCUAGCAUUCAUGGGUGCAAGAUUGUUUGGUCCACAAGUAAACUCUCAAAUCACACUCAGCAUGCCACCUCAUCUCAUAGUAACAAAAAUUGCACUAUGGGCAACAGUUUUAACACCCAUGACAAAAUAUGCCCUAGAAUUUGCACCAUUUGCCAUCCAAUUAGAGCGCUCUCUUCCCCACUCACUAACUCCAAAAUUAAAAUUGGUUAUAAGAGGAAUUGUGGGUUCAAUUUUACUCCUUGUGAUCUUAGCCCUAGCCCUAAGCCUCCCAUAUUUUGAACAUUUUCUUGGACUCACUGGCUCUUUGGUUAGUGUCACUAUUUGUAUAGUGUUGCCUUGUGCUUUUUAUAUCAAGAUUUGUUGGCCUUCCAUUGGUAAACCUUUUCUUGUCCUUAAUCUUAUUUUCAUUGCAUUUGGAUCCUUUCUUGGAGUUGUUGGCACCAUUUCAACUUCAAGAUUGCUCAUCAAGACUAUACUUAGGGCUCACUCAAAAUGAGAAUGAAGAUGAUGGGAUCAAAUUGGAUAUGUAUAUGGGUCUUUUCUAAUUUUGUUGUUUUUGCUUUUUGUCUAUUCUAUGUAACACAUCUAUGAUACCAAAAGUUGUAUAAUGUACUCUCAUAUUUUAUGUAUGCUAAAAAAGAUAUUAAAAUCUGAAAAA